AGCCUCAAUUUUAUCGUUUGUGAAACGUGGAUAGUAAUCCUUCUAUCACAUGGCUGUUGUCGGAAUAAAAUGGAAAAACCAAACAGGCUAGCUUGUUCAAUAAAUGUGAGUUGAAUUAAAUCUGAUUUGUGGCCAGUAGAAAAAGACAUGAACACUCGAAGACACUUCUUUUUAAUACAUGUGUAUGCCUGGUAAAACGGAUCAGAAGGCAGGUCCCCAUGGAGCACACCCUCGCCUUAAACAUGCUAAACGUGCUGAGCCCAGGCUGUCUGAGCCUGCGUGGUCCCUCCAAGGUGACUGCUCCGACAAAAGCGUAAGCUCCUCAAACGCAUACGUUUAAGGCAAUUCCAGAAACCAUAGGCUGUGCCGCCACAACACGGCCAUUAAAGAAAAGAUGACUUUAUGCCUGCAGUCAUGUUCUCAGAUCACAAGGACUGUAUUUGGAGCAGAGAGGGAGGGAAGCCUUCUCUUUACGAAGGGCUAAUGCGUAGUCGGGCCCCCCUCCAAUCUCGGGUCCGGCCGGGUAAUUCCUGCCCAGCAUUCGGGCGUGCCUUUUCUUCAGCUGGGACACAACCCUGAACGUGGGGCUAGCCAGCCCGGCGGCUGCCUCGUGGAAAUCACGUUCUCUCUGCCCGUCCUCUCGGGUACUCUAUGGUUUUUGUGGCCGACUACUCUAAUUCUAGUUCCGGUCUCUAUGGCGGCCGGCGGAGGCAGGAACGGUUGUAGGUCGGCUGAAUUAGCCGCCAAAGGGCCAAUGAGAGUGGAGAACUGAUAAAAUAUUAUCCAGUAGAAGCCAGGAAUUGGGGUCAGGUGGGCAGAUUGACAGCAGCAGUGGCCAGUGAACAACGCCUAGGGCGGGUCGAUCGUAGGGCUUAUCCCGCCUGUCCCGCCAUUCUCGCUAGUUCGAUCGGUAGCGGGAGCGGAGAGCGGACCCCAGAGAGCCCUGAGCAGCCCCACCGCCGCCGCCGGCCUAGUUACCAUCACAUCCCGGGAGGAGCCGUAGCUGCCGUAGCCGGCCCCAGUCACCAUCACCGCAACCAUGAGCAGCGAGGCCGAGACCCAGCAGCCGCCCGCCGCCCCCCCCGCCGCCCCCGCCCUCAGCGCCGCCGACACCAAGCCCGGCACUACGGGCAGCGGCGCAGGGAGCGGUGGCCCGGGCGGCCUCACAUCGGCGGCGCCUGCCGGCGGGGACAAGAAGGUCAUCGCAACGAAGGUUUUGGGAACAGUAAAAUGGUUCAAUGUAAGGAACGGAUAUGGUUUCAUCAACAGGAAUGACACCAAGGAAGAUGUAUUUGUACACCAGACUGCCAUAAAGAAGAAUAACCCCAGGAAGUACCUUCGCAGUGUAGGAGAUGGAGAGACUGUGGAGUUUGAUGUUGUUGAAGGAGAAAAGGGUGCGGAGGCAGCAAAUGUUACAGGUCCUGGUGGCGUUCCAGUUCAAGGCAGUAAAUAUGCAGCAGACCGUAACCAUUAUAGACGCUAUCCACGUCGUAGGGGUCCUCCACGCAAUUACCAGCAAAAUUACCAGAAUAGUGAGAGUGGGGAAAAGAACGAGGGAUCAGAGAGUGCUCCCGAAGGCCAGGCCCAACAACGCCGGCCCUACCGCAGGCGAAGGUUCCCACCUUACUACAUGCGGAGACCCUAUGGGCGUCGACCACAAUAUUCCAACCCUCCUGUGCAGGGAGAAGUGAUGGAGGGUGCUGACAACCAGGGUGCAGGAGAACAAGGUAGACCAGUGAGGCAGAAUAUGUAUCGGGGAUAUAGACCACGAUUCCGCAGGGGCCCUCCUCGCCAAAGACAGCCUAGAGAGGACGGCAAUGAAGAGGAUAAAGAAAAUCAAGGAGAUGAGACCCAAGGUCAGCAGCCACCUCAACGUCGGUACCGCCGCAACUUCAAUUACCGACGCAGACGCCCAGAAAACCCUAAACCACAAGAUGGCAAAGAGACAAAAGCAGCCGAUCCACCAGCUGAGAAUUCGUCCGCUCCCGAGGCUGAGCAGGGCGGGGCUGAGUAAAUGCCGGCUUACCAUCUCUACCAUCAUCCGG